GAUUAACAAGAUGCGAAAGGCAGGGAGGCAGUUCUUGUGCCCGAAGCUGUUUGGUUUAUAUGAGAGCCUGCCCUCACGUAAGGACUGGGGUUUUCAGGUGAGACCCACAGCAUCAGGAUAAUACUACCGGCACAUCACAGAAUAUCCCGACUUGGAAGGGACCCACAAGGAUCACUGAGUCCAACCUCUGGCUUCACAAAGGGCCACCUAAAGCCAAGUGCUCCCUGAGCUCUGGCAGCUCGGGGCCGCGCCCACUGCCCUGUGCAUCCCGUUCCACGCUCACCGCCCUCUGGCGCAGACCCUUUCGCUGACCCCCAGCUGCCCCUCCCCUGACACAGCUCCAUGCCGUUCCCUCGGGCCCUGUCGCUGUCACACAGAGCAGAGCUCAGCGCUGCCCUCCGCUCCCUGUGAGGAGCUGCAGCCGCCAUGACACCUCCCUGCAGCUCCUCUGCUCUGCGCUGAGCACACCCAGGGACUGAAGCUGCUCCGCACACACCGUGCCCUCAGACCCUUCCUCAUCUUUGUAGCCCUCCUUUGGACUCUCUAAUAGCUUUAUGUCCUCCUUAGGACAUUAGGUCCUUAGGUAGUGGCAUCCAAACCUGCACCCAGUGCUAGAGGUGAGGCUGCACAGCCCAGAGCGGUGCAGGACAACCGCUUCCCUUGCCUGGCAGUGCUAGGCCUGACGCACCUCAGGGUAUGGUUGGCCCUCCUGGCUGCCAGGGUGCACUGUCAGCUCAGGUUCAAUUUGCCACCAACCAGAACGUCCUGAUCCCUUUCUGAGGGGCUGUUCUCCAACCCCUCGCACCCUGGACUGUACACAGAGCCAAGGCUACCCCAUUCCAGCUGCAGAACCCAGCACUCCUUCACGCAGGUGGUGACCACCCUCGAAUUUGUCCACAUCGUGCUGCAAGGCCACUCUACCCUCGAGGGAGUCAAUGCUCCUCCCACUUCAGCGUCAUCCAUGAAUUUACCUCACAUAAUGUCCAAAUCUUUAUUGGAAUCAACGGUGAAAACACAAAAGAGAACAGGCCCUGAAAUGGAGCCCUGCAGAAUCUCUCACUGGUGGCAAGUAGGGCAACUGUCAGGCCAUAGCCGCCCCCCCCCCACCCAACACAGCCAUGUUUUGCUUGUCACGGAACAUUCUUAGGGUGACAACACCAUGGCCCUGUGAUGACACAAGCCACCUCCCGGCCAACUGCUAUAGAUACGGGGACCCUGACAACAGAACGCCAGUCGCUGGCUGACUCGCGUCGUGGAAGCACCUAUCUGUGAGCGGGAGCUACAGAGAGAGCCUUCUCUCCCAUUGUGGGAGCAUUUGUGGAGGAGGAUGGAUCCUCCUCCACCAAAGAAGCCUCGGCUUCUCAAGAGCAGCAGCAAGCUGGAGCCAAUGGAUGUAGAUCCUCUGGAGAGUGAUGUUGAGCCUAUGGAGGUGGAUCCACCUCCAGAGGAUGAAGCAAUGGAGUUGGAUCCACCUUUGUCAGGCCCAGGCAAGCAAUAUAACAUCGUGCUUGCCUGGAGGCGUUGCUACAUCCGUUGGCGGCGCAGCAGGGGCUCUUGCUUUCCAUCUUGGCAUUGAAGAGUCAUCAUUUGCCAGAGAGCCCCUAGGCCAGCUGCUGCUCUCUGUAAUCCCUUCUUCCCUGUCCUCCAUCCUCAUCCUUCCCCAAGACCUCUCACCUCUUCCUUCCCAAACUCUGAGGAAAAGGGAAGGAUUGAAACUGCUGUCCUCUAUGCUUCUGCACCGGGACAACAGGAGGAGACCAGCAGAUGGCCUCAAGCUCCCUGCGGCCUCCAGGCAAGUCCCGAGGAAGAGGGCAGGACUGGGAGAGGACUGGUGUCCUCUCAGCAGCUGCGUCUGGACCAGCAGGAAUGCAGUGGACAGCCCCAAGCUCUCUGUGGCUUCCAGGCAGCACCAGACAAAGUAGAGAGGCAGCUUUCCAUUGGAGAAGCGGAAGGCUUUGUUUUGGAUGGGAAGAAAAGAUGGCAUUCAGCACAAAGCUCCUUCCAGGUACUCCCUGAGGACUUUUGUAUCAAAACUGGACAAUAAACUAUUGAAAAGACCAAUGCAGAAUAGUAAUAAUAAUAAAAAUCUGAAGUUCUUUUCUAAAGCAAAACCAGUAAGUGCCUCUCCAUUUUUAGUACUUUAGAGUCUGCCAUAGGCUUCCUGGGUUCCCUCCACUCUCCCCAGAGGGAAUGACAUGUGGGAAAAUUACACCGAGGCUCCUGAAAACACUGCAACAGCCACUGGGGUGAAAGGUGACAGAGCUGCAGAGAGCAGGCCCCCGGUGUUACUGAUGCUGAGGCACGGAGGCGCACCCCUAUUAGCAAUACUUCCACCAGGGUUGAAACGCACACAAGGUGUUGCCCCCUUCCAAACAUUUUUGAGCUGAACUUCCCAACAGAAUGAGGCUGAGAGACCGUGUCUUGUAAGCAGCAGGUGAAGCGCAGGGUUACCAGCCAGGGGAUGUAAGGAUAGAGCACAGCCCUGCCAGAAAGGAGCUGGGGGUACUGGGGGAUGGCAGCCAGACAUGUGCCAGCAAUGUGCCCUUGCAGCCUAGAAAGCCAACCAUAUCCUGGGCUGCAUCAAAAGCAGUGCGGCCAGCAGGGCGAGAGAGGUGAUCCUGCCCUUUGGCUCUGUGCUGGUGAGUCCUCACCUGGGAUACUGCAUCCUGGUGUGGAGUCCUCAGCCCUGGAGAGACACGGACCUAUUGGAGAGCGUCCAGAGGAGGGCCGCAGAAAUGAUCCAAGGAUGGAACACCUUUCCUCUGAGGACAGGCAGUGAAGGCUCCAGGAGAGAACUGAGAGCUGCUUUUGAGUAUCUCAAGGGUGACUGUAGGAAAGGCUCUGUUCUCUGCAUGGACAAAGACCACUUCAGUCACCAAUGUUAGGAAUUCUUGUCUAUUAGCUCUGCUUUCUGAGCAACCAUUUGUUUUUCGGCCGAGCUCCCUCCAGAACGAGCACAGGACGACAUGCCCCUGCCGUGGUUUACGCUGGCGUCUCCUUCUCCGGCUGUUUAACGCAGAUUGCAAGAGAGAUCUUGCAAGAGGCUCUCGUUGCCUCGAGGCGGCGUAGCAGGACAAGAACCAAUAGUGAGUUUCCCAGCUGUCAGCCAGGAGAUGAAACUGGUGCGAGAUUUUGCUGAUUCAGGCGCGGGGCUGGCAGCAUAUGAUCGCCACCUCGCUGCCCUCUGGACCAUCUUCUGUCCUUUCAGUCUGAGUUGAAGACUGCUGAGGUCUGUGCACCGCUUUUAAGGAUAGGAUGGGAUGGGUGGUAACCGAGGGAAGCAAGUCUCCUGCCUGGAGGCUGAAAUGAAUUACAGAGAAGUUGUGCCUUAAUGAGAGCAAUUUAGAGGUCUGCAAGAUGAGGGAGCACGAAAGCCCUCGGUAUAACUGUGUUUUAAAAUGAUGGACCAGACCAAGUCAUCACAGGAUCAAAUCAAACCCUUCUGUAAACUGUAACAGGCUUCUGAUCCAUCCCCAGCUGCUCAGUUUAGUUCAUGGGCUGCUCAUGUCAUUGCAGUGACUUUUGUUAGUUUUUUUCUUAGGAGGAGCCUGGUAGCUCAGAGAGGAGUCAGAGCUAUGUGGUGCAGUGUGUGCAAGAGGUGGGUCCUGCUCCAAAGGGCUGCUGUCAAGCUCAGUGAUGGGAUGAGGGUGGGAAGGGAAAAGGGGCAAGAUAUACAUGGCCAGUGUCACCUGUGUGGCUGGUUGGGCUGCUGUUUGUCAGCUGGGUACCCUGUCAGCCUUUCUGGAACACAACAGGCACAACUCCUGCACAGCAUAAGGAGAUGUGUUGUGUGCUCAGUAUUUGGAUAAGUAAGUUAUAUCCUGCACACAUUUCAACUGUGGUAUGCCAGGCUCUCCCUCUGCCUCCUCCAGGAUCUUUCCUCCCUCUGCUCUCCUGGUAAUCUCCCUCCUGCAGCUCCCUGGCCCCUCAUGCUUGGGCUGUGCUACCCAGAAGUCAUCAGACUCUCUGCUUUUACUCCUGGGGGAAAGGAAGAGUGAAGUGAAUCACAGAAGAAUGGAACAGCUUGGGUUGACAGGGCCCUUAAAGCCCACGUAGUCCCAAUCCUCUGCCAUGAGCAGAGCUGCCACCCACCAGAUGAGGCUGCACAGUGCCCCAUCCAACCUGGCCCUGAGCACCUCUGGGAAUGGGGUACCCACAACUUCUGUGGGCAGCCCAUGCCAGCAAUGCCUCACGUCCCUCUGAGUAAAAAAUUCCUUCUGACACCUAACAAAUCUCCCCUCAUUUAGUUCAAAGCCAUUCCCUCUUGUCCAAUCACCAUCAGACCGUGUAGAAAGUUUCUCUCCUUUUGGCUUAUAAAGUCUCUUUAGGUACUGACAGACAGGGACAGGGACCACGCUGUGCUCCCUCUGCAAGACCGGUCUGGCCAGCAGGCACUCAAAGGCUUCCCAACUUCCAUGACACAUUUGUUCUUCUGACAGCACUCUGGCUUGGUGCAGCGGAGCCAAGUCCUCUUGAAGAGAGCUUCUGCUACAACGACGGCAGUCCUGUAAAACAAAUAUAUACAUGUAUGCAUAUAAAGUAAAAACAGAACAACAACAACAAAAGUACCCAGCCACAAAAAGCGCAGUAGUCCCUGUGAAGCGGAAUAAAGAUGGCACGGGACAGCACUGCAGCAAAGGCUGAAGGCUUCAGACACACUGGUCCUGCUGACGCCUCGCUCUGACUGCCCUUGGCACCCCGUGGGGCUGACAGUGCAGCAUGGUCAGGAUGAGGAGGAAGAGGCUGUGGGCAUCUUGCAUCUGCUUUGCAGCUUUCUUCUUCCUUCUGGUGACACUCCAGGUUAUCACUGAACUGGGAAAUUCGGAGAAUAAGGCACCAGCAGUCUCCAGUUUACACAGUGGCCCACUGAAGCCUGAUGAGAGACAUGCUUCGCAGCUUAAGAAGAAUGAACUUUAUAGCAACUUCAGGACAGAGCCUGAUACAGAUCACUACCCCAUCCUGCUCUGGUGGUCUCCCCUGACUGGAGAGACAGGGAGAUUGGGGCAGUGUGGUGAGGAUGUUUGUUUCUUUACUAUUAACAAGACGUACCAGCACAGUCAGAUGACAAGAGCUUUUUUGUUCUAUGGUACUGACUUCAGUAUAGACAGCUUACCCCUUCCUCGAAAAGACCAUCAUGAUUGGGCCCUUUUCCAUGAGGAAUCACCAAAAAACAACUACAAACUUUUCCAUGAACCAGCUAUCACCUUAUUCAACCACACUGCAACUUUCAGCCGCCAUUCUCACCUACCGCUGACCACUCAGUACCUUGAGAGCAUAGAGGUCCUCAGGUCCUUGAGACAUAUGAUCCCAGUGCAGAUGAAGAACAGCCUGAGGAAGCGGCUUGCACCACUUGUGUAUGUGCAGUCUGACUGCAAUGCUCCUUCUGACCGGGACAGCUAUGUACGUGAGUUGAUGUGCCACAUUGAAGUAGACUCUUACGGAGAAUGUCUGCAUAACAGAGACCUUCCUCAGCAUCUCAGAAAUCCAUCUGCCAUGGAUGAUGGGAACUUCUAUAAAAUACUGGCACAGUACAAGUUCAUUCUUGCUUUUGAAAAUGCUAUCUGUGAAGAUUAUAUCACUGAAAAACUCUGGCGGCCUCUGAUGCUGGGAGUGGUACCUGUGUACUUUGGUUCUCCCAGCAUUAUCGACUGGCUUCCCAGCAACAAGAGUGCAAUCUUGGUAUCUAGUUUUUCACACCCUCGAGAGCUGGCCCGCUAUAUCAAAACACUGGAUCAAAAUGACCAGGAGUAUGAGGCCUACCUGGAAUGGAAACUGAAAGGAGACAUUUCCAAUCCAAGGCUGCUUACAGCAAUGAAGGAACGCAAAUGGGGAGUGCAAGAUGUCACUCAGGACAAUUAUAUUGACACAUUUGAGUGCAUGGUGUGUAACAGAGUGUGGGAAAACAUCAGAAGAGAAGAAAAGGGAUGGCUGCCCCAGAGGUGGAGUGCUCAGGUUAACCAUCUGAACUGCCCCAAACCUGAGGCUUUCUGGUUCUCCUCUUCAAAUCCCAGCCAGAGCUCCCUCCAAGAGAUGUGGAUAGCAAGUUUUGAGCAGUCCAAGAAGGAAGCCUGGGCGCUGAGGCAGCUGGUGGAAAGGAACAGGAAUUUUACAACUCAAGAAUUUUGGAUGCUUGUAUUCAAACAAUAAAUACAACUGUAAAACAAA